CCUUCUAAGAGACGGAGUAAGGGAGGAAGGAAAUCUUAGCGCAGACAAAAGCGCUCUUUCUGACUGGAGUUUGUUUACCACUUCACCAAAAGCUCUGGGAUUUAUUUCACUUUUCUUUCACUUGUAGACGUUAAUGUGUUGCUCACUUUGGACCUGUGGAUCCUGUUUGGACUUGCAUUGAUAUUAUUAAGCCAUAUUUAUAUCACAGCCAACUUGUCAUCGUGUUAUUUUCGGAGCCAGCGGUGAUGUCCCACCACUGACAUGCACCACAGACCACCAAACCGGUCCGAUGGCUCGGCCGCAGUAACGGCAACACAGGGGAGCGAAGGAGAUCCACCACCCGUCGGUGCCGCUGGAGCCUCAGCGCAAACCUCCCGUUCAAACGACUCCGGCGAGCGGAUUGGCCACACCGAUUUCACCGGAGGAAGAGAGCCGGACUCGCCGUCCUGGUGCAGAACCGACAGCCUAGACGUGUUUCAGAAAAGGUCUAUAUUCCACCUUCCUCGCCGCGCCUCAAGUGGAUAUUUCUCCUCUGAGGGCGACUCACUGCCGAGCUCCCCGCUCUCCCUGAGGCCAGUGACGGCUGAGAGAGCUACGCAGACUCCGAGCCUCACCGGCCAGGUGAUGAACCAUGCCCUACAGCGCAUGGCUGGGGCGCAGGACGGAGGACCGACGACGCACCAGCAGCACGGACAAUCUCCGAACCCCUCUAGCACGCGGCAACGAAACGCAGCAGGGGACAUGCAGGCGGAGGCAAUCGGACGAGAGAUCCGACGCAUUGGAGACGACUUCAAUAGAUUGCUUCUGCUCAGGGGGGUGGCAGGCAGACAUAGACGGGUUGUGAUCCAUCCGAACCCGCUGCCACACAUCCACCAGGAGCCGACCGUGCUGCUCUGCGUGGGCCUUCUGAUCCUCCUGAUUGGACGAAUAAUCUACUUGCAAGGCAGUACAAACAGCCAGGACAACUCUCAGGUUUAGCCUUUGGAAAACCCAGCAGACGUAGCAUAAUAAUGUAUAUGUAUUGAAUCAUUUUGGGGACCUGAUUUUUUUCCAGUGGUGGAAGGAGACUUUGGACUUUGUCUAUCUUAAUUUCGAUGGAGAUAAUUUGUUGACACCUUUGAGGAGCUCUGAAAUGCCUGGAUUUGUGUUUUUUCACCUCUGCUCCUUCACGGUCUCUGAGCCUUUGCAAUGCUACCAAAGAGCCGGGAAUUUGCACUUCUUUCCAGCGCAGAGGUGGUCAUGUCACCUAAAUAUGCCUCUGUGCAAAAUGACGCCUGUGGAAAUUCAAAUGUGCCUUGUACAGUUUCCUAUUUACUUUUUUAGCUUCUUUUAAGGUGUUUUUAUUGUACAGAGAUUAUGAAUUCCUCGGGUGAUCAACUCUGCAGACCCAUUGUUGUUAAAUGUGGGACAAGUCUGCAGAUUUCCCCCCAUAUUUUCCCUCUGAUGGUUUCAGGCAGGGAAAAAUGAUCUUGCACUCCUGUCUUGUCACGAUCCAACAUGCAACAGACUGAUUUGUGUGGGAACCAACUUGCCCAAAGUAAUCAUUUUUAUCCACCAUUUAACACUUUGUUACCAUGAGUUACAUGUCUGCUUAUGUCUACAUAGUAAGACAAUUAAUACUGUAUACCGACUGUACACCAGGGUUUCCACAUUUUAUCCUGAUAAUUUGAGUACUAAAUGACACUGGAAUCGACCUAUGAGAUCAUCAAAUGUCAUGACAGGAUGACUAUUUCAGGGAGAAGUGAGAUGGGCAAUAGAAAAGUUGUUGUUGUCCUCAGCAACAAACCUUGUUCUGUGUGGCAGUACAGCAUUUGGAUUGUAAAAGACUGGAAUAUUUCGAGGGAAAGUCAUCAUCAGGAAAUGCAGAUCAUUGCUCGCAAACACAAGUAUUUCGUACCAACAUGUGGUAGGGGAACCAAUGCACUCUGGACUGACGAGCACAAACAAUUAACAAACAAUUAAACAAUUAAAUUACCCACACAUACGCUUGUUUGCAUUCAUGAGCAAAGUGUCCAUUUUGUUUUGCGUGUCAUAUUUCAAUACCCUGGGUCAAGUUUAAGUAACAGUAGCUCCUCCCACCGGUUGGCUAAUAUGUAAUCAGGUAAUCUGUAAUCAGGAUUAUUAUCUCUUCAAAGGUACUUUCAAUCGAUUCACCAAUCUUGCAGCUUUAAAAAAAAAAAAAAAGUGAGAACGCAUUUCUUUGAAAUUUCCACUAGUUUUCUAAACAUCUAUAGACAUUUGUUAUCUUGGAAUUGCAAAAUUAAUGUUUUAUCCAUGUAUUUCAUGACUACUUUACAAUUUUACAAUUUACUGAACCUGCCCAGACAGAUUUUAACCUCUGCAUUGAUCAGUUUUACACAAACAAAACCUCAAGCAUUGAUACUAGUAAGAUGAUACUGUACCAUACUGUACCAAAUGAUACCAUCCUCCCUCUGUACUGAAAAACGUGUGUUUCUGUAACCCCUAGAGCCAGGUUGAAUGGUGAAGACACGUGACUUCCUCCCUAUUGACUUAAAAUCUAACAUGAGAUAACCAAGCAUUUUUAUAAUCAUUUUUUAUCAUUUUUAUCACCAAAUACUGUCAGUAUACAUGGAUUUACAGGAUGACUGUAAAUAAAAUAAAGCGUACUACUUUAUAUUUUCUACAGUCAUCCUGUAAAUCGAUUCCCUCUUUGCUCUGAUUGUUUUCAGCAUUAAAACAAAGAGUUUGCACAAAAGCAGGAGCAGAAUGCUUCAGCAUUCUUACAAUACUAUGAUUUGUAACUAAUAUGUUACUAAGCUGCCCAGUUAGUGAGUGGAACUCAAGAGCAAGAUAAUGAACAAAAUAAAUAAUGGCAUCAUGUCAGUCAUUUAAACCAUUAAACAGUGUCAUUUCCUGCUGUCUUGUUUACUAUUGUUCUGUUUUGCAUUGUUUUCAAUAUUUAAAGCAAUUUCCUACAAUACAGUGAGUGGUCUGUCACUGUUCUUUGUUUCAGCCUCUGGAUUUAACAUUAGCAGCAGAGACUGAAUGUAGUUGGCAAGUAUUGGUUUGUUGACAAGGUCAUGUCAUCCGUUUAUUAGCCCAGUGAUUCAGACCUGGCCAAGUCUCAUCAUGCCUGCCAGGUCAUUAAACACUCAGAGAGAGAUUUUUGGACGACAACCAAACACGGAAUCAUGCAGAGUCAAAGAGGGGUUUGUCACUGACUAGUUAGCCAACAGCAACAUAUCAAACAGUGGUUAUGCAGGCUUCAGAUAAGGUACAUGUAUUCUUAUCUUUGAACUCUUUAGGCUUAUUAAAACAUAUCGGUUCGGUUGUCAUGUGACGAACCAGCAAAAGUAGGCUAUUGUUUUUGUAUGUUUUAGGUUUUGGCUUACUAAAAAUGCAUGUUACCACUUACAACUAAUUAAAACUGAACCCGAAAAACUAUAAACAGCUGAGUAGCUUGCGGAAGUGUAAAAACAAUUGCCAAACCAAUCAGUUAAUUCUCAUCAUUGAAGCCUUCUUUCUUUUAAAACCAACACAUACUAUUUCAAAACACUUCCGAUUAAGCAUAAAUCUAUGUGUGGCAUUGCCAAGUUUGUUCAAUCAGUGUCAGAAAAGCUAUUUGACUGAGAUCUGAAUAUAAUAAUGAUCACACUCACAUUUAAAGCUUUAAUCUUUAAUGGAAGUUUGGCUGUUUCAAGUGAGUGUUAGCAGCACUGCAGAUAAUGUGUUGUUAUGCGUGUUACAUGUGUUGAAUUUAAUCUUCUAAAACAAAUUAGUUCACUGUUGCUCGCUCCCUGUGAGGUUAUCCGACAGCAAUUCAGAGCAGCAACAGAAGUUGGUUGUAACACACUUGAUAACUAAUUUCAUCUGAGUCUGUUUUUGAGUCACGCUGAUGUUUGCACAGUUGUGUCAACAUGAAUGCAAAUCAGAUAAAGUGUGAUCCUGGCUUUCAUCAUCCUUAAACUCUCAUUUCAGCAACUUUCACAUCUGUUUAAUCUCAUGCUUUAAUAGUGUUAAAUUAGUGGUUCAGCCACGAAGUUUCAUUUUCAAAAAAUGAGGCUGUCUUUUCUGUUACUGUAGCUUGUUGACAUUUGUUUUUACACACCACACUGAAUCAAGAUUUUUUUUUCUGUUUCUUCCUCAUCCUAAUCCUGUCUUCCUGGAAAUGCAUGUCUCAGGCUCGUCUUCCUGUGUGCCAAAGUUAUCCACUUUGCUUUUCCUCCGCUGUGACUGCAUUUUGAUUUCUGAUAUUGUGCCAUGUGAAACCUAAGACCUCAUUUUGAAGUACUGUAUUACAGCUGGAGUGUGAGAGGAGAGCAUGGCAGGGAGGAAACCGAAAGAUGAAUUAUCGUCUUCUGAAACUGAUAUGGAAACCUGGUGAUGAGUUGAUUCCCCGCCUAUCAUUGAAGGUGUUACAGUUCAGAAACAGUUGUGUGACAUUCAGGGUUUUACUGACAAAAUCAUAUUGCAUAAUUAUGUGUGUUUGAGCUUUUAGGAUUAUAACAACAGAAAAAUCACUCAAUAUCUAUGAUCUAUUAACAGUCAAAUAAACAUUUAUACUCCCGUUUUUUUUUUUUUUUUAUUGGAAUUGUUAAAAAGAUAAAAUAUGAAAUAUGGGAAACCCAGAGACACUGUGGUGUGUUGUGCUUCGCUGCAAAUGCUGUACAGAAAUGCAUCUCUUGGAGCCUGUUUGUGCAGAAAUGGAAACAAACUAAUCUGAAUGACUCCAAAUGACCCAGUACAACUGUAGCAACAUGUUGUCUGUUUUGUUUAUACUGUUAUUGUACACUGAAAAUAUUGUAAUAAAACUGUUUUGAUUGCUUUAACAUGCAUUAAACUGUUGUAAAUAAAGCUUUUACAUCUUUU